CUCUCUGUUCUCGUCGGCCGCGGCGCGCGCCACAGACAGACUCGUGUGCGCGCGCAGCCCGCGACAGGUCUGGAAGUGCAAGGAGGAGGCAGGAAAACGCUGCUGGAGCGGGGAAUGAUGGCGGUGAGCGAGAAGAAGGGACAAGUUUGAUACUGUUAAAACGGGACAUUAUGGGUCAUCUUUCGGCAGCUAACACGAUGAAGCAAGUGCGAGAUGACUUUGCUGUGAGUGUUUAGUUAAGACAACUGUGCUCCAAAGAAGCUCCGCGGGACCCAUGGCACCGCUUGUGUAAGGUUGAGGGAUAUCAGUUCACCAACAAACAAUAUCAGUCUCUUCAAAUCUGGCUUCAAUUACAAAAAAGCAAAAAUGAUCAAAACAGAAAACAAAGGAGGUGAAAGGACCCUGAGGAGCGCAUCCCCUCACAGAAAUGCAUACAAGUCUGACUUCCACGCCAUUAAGUGCUCCUUUGAUGGGCCAAAGUCUGAGGGCGACUCCAGAUCUUAUGCAAAUGGUUCCAGUGACACCCGCGAGGACUCAAGGGGAAGGCCUUUUGGGAACAGAGUGAACAAGAUAAAGAACAUAUUCCUACAGAUGGAUGGUCAGCAACAGGAGUGCCAAGAGGCAAAAGUGACUUUAAAGCCUGAUGUGUCCCCGGUGUCCCCACAAAAGGUGCAAUUUCCAGUCAACUCUCACAGAAACAACCUCAACAGUGCCACAAGUCCAGAAUCACACAAUUUAGAUAAAACACCCAAGGGGGAAGAUGUUGAGAUUGACAAAGUGGCUUUGGCAGAGAAGUUUUCUGUGACCAGAAAACUCUUUGAAAGGGGCAUCAAAGAGCAGCCUGCAGCUGAAAAACAGUCUCCAAACAGAGUAGUAAAUCGUUUGUCCCUUGGAAGUGCCUCUGAUGAAGGGAAAAGCACAAGGAGAGUAUCAGGAUCCUCUGAGACCACUGUCAAAUCCGAGAAAACCCCUACAUCAACAGUUAAAUGUCAACCGGACGAGAAGGCUGAUAGCGAGAAAAAACAUGUGUCUCGAGUGUCAUUGAAUGCAGGACCCAUGUCAAAAAGGUUAGGGAAUUACAUGGCGCAGAAUGACUCAGAAGACAACAACACAGCUGCUACAAAGGGAGGGAUGGUGUCUGUUAAACAACACAGUACCACUGAACACUUACUGCCUUCCUCUCAAACAAGGGAUGGUGUGCACAAAUCUACUUCUCCUGUUAAAGAAGCCACUAACUCCGCCCCUGUGUCUGAUACCACUAACAGAAAUACAUCCCAGACAGCAUGUGUUAAUAACAAAUCGGCUUCUCUGGGAUCAGGUGUUAAGUCAACAUUCCCAGUUACCAAUGCAGCAUACAAGUCUCCAACAACUGAUGCCACUCAGAAAUCACCAGAGCAAACAACCCCAGUUAGCCACAAACUCUCCUCAUCGUCUGACGAUGGAUUUAGUAGGACAUCUGUUGGUGGGGAUGAAGGCAAGCCACAUAGUCCGCCCCCAAGGGAUAUGAAGCAGCCUCUCCCAUCAGCUGGUGGGUUUCAGAACACCAACAGGGCUAAAAACCCAGAAAAAGCCAAGAGUAAUGACAGUGUGGUUCAUAGUUCUACCAGGGACAAGCCAUCCAGCCAGACCUCAUCACUGGACUCCAGGAAGGUGGGCAUGGUACGGGCAGAACUGGUCGUGGUUCAGAAUGAGUCCUCGGAGAGUGAGGAGAAUGAGGAUGAGAGUGUUGAAGAUAAUGUGUUUAAGGAACAGAAAGUGCAAAGGCCCAAAGAUGACCUGCCAACAGACCUGAAAAGAGUCUCUCCACCAGAAAAACAAAACUGCAGCGCUGCUCGUCAUGUCUUAGCGAGAGACGUCUCAAAAGAGACACACAGGAUAGCAGAGACUGUGGGUGAAGGUAGAAUCUUGGAGGACAACGAGCGAUUUGGGUUGAAAAAGGAGAGACGGGAAGACAGUUCUGUUGUUAAUCAAGAUGGUGACGAAAAUGGCGAGGAAGAUGAUGAGGUAGCAGAGGAGGAUAAUGAGCUGGAGGAGCAGGUGGGUCAGAGCAUCCUGGAUAGCGCCUCACCAGUGGUGUACGGGAUUGAGAAUGCAGCAUUUGUGGAUGACAGAGAUGUAGACCAGGUCCUCAGGGAAGAAGAAGAAGAGGAGGAGGAGGAGGAAGAGGAAGAAGAGGAAGAGGAGGGAGAUCAAAUGUAUAGGGAUUAUUACGACUGUUACGAGACCACCGGUCUGUCGGAUGAGGAAGAGCCUCCCCCAAAGAGGAAAAUCAAGUUCUCCACACACCCCAUUCAGGUCUUCACUACCUUCUCCAAUGAGGAAUAUGAUCGCCGCAAUGACGAUGUGGAUCCGGUCGCGGCAUCUGCAGAAUAUGAGCUGGAGAAGAGAGUGGAGAAAAUGGAUGUGUUCCCUGUAGAGAUUGAGAAAGGAGACAAUGGGCUUGGCAUCAGUAUCAUAGGAAUGGGAGUGGGAGCUGACCAGGGUCUGGAGAAGCUGGGCAUUUUUGUGAAAACCAUAACAGAGCGAGGAGCAGCUGAGAAUGAUGGACGCAUACAGGUGAAUGACCAGAUAGUCGAGGUGGAUGGUAUCAGUCUGGUGGGCGUCACCCAACUGUUUGCUGCAACAGUCCUGAAGAACACAAAAGGCACAGUGAGGUUCCUGAUUGGUCGAGAGAAGCCAGGGACGCAAAGUGAGGUAGCCCGCCUCAUAAGUGAGACACUAGAGCAGGAGAAGAACCAGCAGCAACAGCAACAACACCUGGAUGAUCCCUACGAACACUCUACGGAGGAGGAGGAGCGCUAUGAGGACGAGGACGGAGUGGAUGAGAGGAUUCUGUGCUCCAAUUUCUCCCCAGGACAGAACGUAGAGCUGUUUGAGCUGCCUGAUUCAGAAGCUUUGUUUAUGCCGACCAACAUGGACAGUUCUCAGAUGGUCUUCAAGUUCAAAGAGCUGCAGCUCAAACACAGCAUUGCCACAGCUGAAAUUAAUCAACUAAAGGAAAAGCUAAGGGUGUCCGAGGAGGACAGAUCGUUGUGGGAAGCCAGAGAGUCUGCACUGGAGCAAAAGAUUGACGAUGGCAACGACAAAAUCCUGAAGUUGGAAAGUUACUGGCUGGAAGCUCAGGAACUGUGUAAGACUGUGAAUGAACAAUUAGCUGAGACUCAGGCCCAACAUGAGACUCUGGACAAGAAGUACAACAAGGCCAAGAAACUCCUCAAGGACUACCAGCAGAAAGAGAUAGACUUUGUGAAGAAAGAGGAGGAGCUGAAAAAAAUUCUAGAUGAAAAAGACAAGUGGUACAAGGACCAGCUGGAGAGCUUGCAGGACAGGAUAUCUGUCCUGGAGUCCAGAGGGGCCUCAGGUGUGGAGCGCCAGGGUGGCCAGGACUCGGCAGCAGAUGAGAGAUUAAUCGGACAAGAACCAGUAACCAACACACAAUCAGUCGACUCACUACUAGAAGAAGACUGGAGUGAGUUGGUCCCUGAGACUGAACGCUUGGACACCAGUGCACACAGAGCGAAAGGCCUGCUGGCUCAGAAGGCCAAACGUCAGCCUCCAUCUCGGACCAAACUGAAGGAAAGCCUCGCAGUGGCUUCAAGUCAUUCUCAGGAAACUGAAGAAGAGGAGGACCAGGAGGAGCAGGAAUCUCCCAGGAGGAGGAGGUCUAUCCAGGAGAGCCUCGCCCUCCCAGUGCCUGUCUGCUAUCCUGGGAAUUCACAGAGAGCUGAUUCAGGAGAGACUAGAGAUGGAUCCAGGAGUAAGGCAGAGCUCACCAGCAGCCCGUCUUUGUCACCAUCACAGGGAGACAGUAUUGAAAGUGGUGGAAGUCCUUCUUUGUCCCCUCCCAAAGACACCUUGUCACCGCAGUCCCCCUCUGGAUUCAUGCGCAGUGCCAAAAAAAGGGAGUCCAAAGGGAAGGGCAAAGAGCUUAAAGAGGAGCUAAAUGAGGCCUCAUCAGCAGGAAAAUCUAAAAGACGAUUCCCAGACUUUGGUGGCCUGCGCAAAUCAGGUGGCAAAGGAAAAAAACAUGACAAGGAGGUGAUGAGAGCAUCUUUGGACAGCAGGGGAUCAGCAGAGUUACUGGAGGAGUCUGGAGGGAACCUGUCUCCGGCAGAGUCAAUGACCUCCAUCCCCACCUGUAUGCCCUUCUCCUGGUUUGGAGACAAAGACAAGGACAGAGACAGAGAGCCCUCGUCCUCCAGCAGCAGUCUGCCGUACGCUGCAACUGAGACCAGCAGUGAACAAAGCCAGGAUCGCAAGAAUAAGACAAAUCUCUCCUGGUCCUCUUUAUUCAGUCGCUCAUUAGAUUUGAGUUUUUCAGUCAUAGAUGAUUCUAACCCUGCCAGCCCCAGUUCAGACAUCUCUGGGUUAGUUGCUGAACCCAAUCUGUCUGGGCGCUCACACACUUUAAUCUUCUCUUCCAGCGAGACUUUGGAUGAUGAACCAGUAGCAACAGGAAAAGAGUAUCAGUGGCAAAACCGGCCUGUCUCUGAAUGGACCAAUCAACAGGUCUGUCACUGGUUGAUGGGCAUGAAUAUGGACCAAUACACACCAGAAUUCACAGCAAAGGGAGUGGACGGCCAGCAGCUCUUGUACUUGGACAGUGACAAGUUGAAGGCUCUCGGUGUGUCCAGUCAGAGCGACCGCUCAACUAUCAAGAAAAAGCUGAAGGACAUGCGUAAGGCCCAGGAGAAGCUGGAGAAACAGAGAGAGAAAAGAGAGAAGGAGGUCCGCCGCAGUGGGAAGCUGCCGGCCAGCACGGACUCUGUCUGCUGAGGUAGCAGCUCUGUUCUCUGAAUACAUGCAGAUCAUAAAGUUGAUCACUAAGCAGAACCCUGAGCAACCCUCUUUUUUAUGUGCUUUUGGUGCCAUGAUGUUCAUGUCACACAGUGUUUAUGCCAACAAACACAGAACAUGACUGCCAGGAGCGUAACCUGUGCCGACUGAGGUGCCAGUAAUGAUUUAUCUUCAUACUGUAGCUCCUGAUUUAUGUUUUAACAAACUUCAGCUCAAACCAUUGUAACUAAAGAUGGGGAAUGUCAACAAAAAAAAAAAAAGUUUGGUAAGUGACCAAAAAGGAAUCCUAACAUUUUUUACCACUAAAAGCUAGAAGCUACAAUUAUUAUAUUAAAAAAAAGUCUGUUUUCAGAUUUAAUGUAGUUGUUGCAGAUCCUGCACAUAUUUACCUAUGGAAGUCAAAUGUAUACUGCUUUUUCAGCAUUUUAUAUUUUUGCUAGUAUAACUUGCCUGUUUUCUGUGUACCACUCCUCUGCAGGAACGGUUAUUGUACAGAUCAGAUAAAAGCACUAUAUUUGUCUUUUAAGCUUCAAUGGGCAACAAGGUUUUAAAUGUAUAAAUGAGUUUUAUACAUGUGCUUAUUAACUGCAUAUCCUUUUUUUUUUUUACUUAAAUACCAUUGUUCAUUUUAUACUAUCUAAAUUUUUCUACUAAGUAGAAUAGUGAGGCCAUCAUUUUUGCUGAAUAAAAAGCAACAAAGAAAUUAAGGAGGGACAAGGUGAAUGCUGCUUCUGCUGUCCCUGACUCUGGCUGUGUGUCGCUGAGAUGGUACCGUGAUGCUCCAUGUAAAUACACACAGCAUGCAGGUCUGCUACACGCACACCUCACCGGUCUGUUAGACGGUAAGAUGUGCCUACGACAAGGACUUAUUUGAGUCGGGAGCACAGCAUUUUGUAUGAAUGUGAGGCUGAACAACAGACAGCCAAACCCAAGUGCUUCCUUUCUUCUUCUUCUUACGCAUGACUCCAUGUUCUGUAUACAAUACGACAUGUUGGACUGCAAGAAAAUCAUGUUUUUUCACGUCUUCAGUUGAAGAAACAUUUCUUGGUACAUAUAGCAUCAAUAAACUAAUUUUCACUUUA